CUGCCUGCCGCGCCCGCACGUUUCGAGGCAUGGGGCAGAGCCUCCGGCCCGCCCGCGCCACCUGAGGAUCCCGGAAGCCGCCCCCGCCAUGGAAGAGGACCAGGAGCUGGAGAGAAAAAUGUCUGGAGUGAAGACCUCAAUGGCUGAAGGCGAGAGGAAGACAGCCCUGGAGAUGGUCCAGGCGGCUGGGCCAGAUAGACACUGUGUGACAUUUGUGUUGCACGAGGAGGACCAUACCCUAGGAAAUUCUCUCCGGUACAUGAUCAUGAAGAACCCGGAAGUGGAAUUCUGUGGUUACACUACAACCCAUCCUUCAGAGAGCAAAAUUAACUUGCGCAUACAGACCCGAGGUGCCCUCCCCGCGGUCCAGCCCUUUCAGAGAGGCCUGACUGAGCUCAUGAAUGUCUGCCAGCAUGUGCUUGACAAGUUCGAGGCCAGCAUAAAGGAAUAUAAAGAUCAAGAGGCCAGCAGAAACGAAGCCACAUUCUAGUCCCUCACACACCAUAC